AUGAACAUGGACGCGCGGAGGCUGAAGACAAAAGUUACCGCGGCGUUUAAAAUGCGCGGAUUAAUGCUGAGACCUGAGGCCAGUAAAUAUCUGCUGGAGGUUUUGGAGUCUGUCGGUGAAAGUGAACUGGACGAUGUCAUCGAGCGGAUCCUGGAUGCGGUUGAAAAACAGCCACUGCCCUCCAGCAUGAUCGAGCUCUCGGUGGCUGAGACAGCUGUGCAGGACUGCAGUCAGUCAUGUGAUGAGACCAUAGACAAAGUUUUUAACAUCAUUGGAGCUUUCGACGUGCCCAGAUUUAUUUACAGCACCGAACGAAAGAAAUUCAUACCUAUUAGCAUGACCAGCCACCCGGCUCCCAGCGUGUGCGGACAGGCCAGGGACAAGGCCGAGCUCUUCAGAGAACGUUACACCAUCCUACAGCAGCGGACACAUCGACACGAGCUCUUCACUCCACCAGUGAUCGGCUCGGCUGCAGCUGAAGGGAGGAAUAGAUUCCAGUUGAAGACCGUUGAGGCUCUCUUAGGGAGCACAGCUAAAAUGGGUGAAGUUAUCGUCCUUGGAAUGGUCACACAGCUCAAAGAGGGCAAGUUUUUCCUAGAGGACCAGACUGGCUCAGUGCAGUUAAACCUUUCGAAGGCACAGUUCCACAGCGGCCUGUACACCGAGUCCUGCUUCGUCCUGGCUGAGGGAUGGUAUGAGGAUUCGAUUUUCCAUGUUAAUGCUUUUGGGUUUCCUCCGAUUGAGCCGUCGUCUACCACCAGAGCGUAUUACGGCAACGUGAACUUCUUCGGUGGCCCGUCCUCCACGGCGGUUAAGGCCUCCGCCAAGCUGAAGCAGCUGGAGGAGGACAACGAGGAUGCCAUGUUUGUUAUCGUUUCUGACCUGUGGCUGGACAGCGUGGAGGUCCUGGAGAAGAUCCAGACCAUGUUUUCAGGAUAUUCGUCGAUGCCUCCAACAUGCUUCAUCUUCUGUGGGAACUUCUCCUCCGCCCCGUAUGGCAAGAAUCAGGUCAAGUCACUUAAAGAGUCAUUAAAAGCACUAGCUGAUCUGAUUUGCGAACAUCCCAACAUCCACAACAGCAGCCGCUUUGUGUUCGUUCCUGGCCCUGAAGACCCUGGACCCAGCACUAUUCUACCCAGACCUCCUUUGGCUGAACACAUCACUGAGGAAUUUAGACAGCGCGUCCCUUUCUCCGUCUUCACCACAAACCCGUGCAGGAUCCAGUACUGCAGUCAGGAGAUAGUGGUGAUCCGAGAAGACCUGGUCAACAAGAUGUGUAGGAACUGUGUGAGGCUCCCCAGCAGCAACCUGGACAUCCCAAAUCACUUUGUGAAGACCAUCUUGUCGCAGGGUCAUUUGACUCCACUUCCUCUCUACGUCAGUCCGGUGUAUUGGGCGUACGACUACGCCCUGCGUGUCUAUCCUGUACCUGACGUCAUUGUCUUCGCUGAUAAAUACGACCCCUUCAGCAUCUCCAACACAGAAUGUCUCUCUGUUAACCCGGGCUCUUUUCCAAGAAGUGGAUUUUCCUUCAAGGUGUACUAUCCAUCAAACAAAACGGUGGAGGACAGCAAAUUACAAGGACUUUGAAAGGACGCCGAGCAUUUGGAGCGUGUGGUGACAGAUUUAUUAUGCUUGUAAGAGACUCUAAGAGAGAAAAGUGUAAAGUGAGUGUAAUGAAUGUUUUCCUGUAUUUUGUUUGUAAUCUCUGUAUGUGUAUAUAUCUGAAUACAUUCUCAUUUUGUAGUCAAAUUAAAGUAUUUUA